AUGGCAGCAAAUCUCUCUUUAAGCUCCGAGGAAGCGCGGGAUCGAAUUGCCAUCCGUCAAGUCAUUGAUCGAUAUGCUCACUGUGCUGAUCGCCGCCUGCCAGACGAGCAAAUGUCCCUCUUCACCGAUAAAACCAAGUUCUCAGUAUACAUGCAAGGAGAAGGAACGUCGCCCUCGCAAGUCGUCGAGAAACGAGAGGAUUUGCGACCAGUCUUUGAGUUUCUGCGCGGCUACGCCCACACAACGCACUUCAAUGGACAAAGCACCAUCGACAUCGGACCGGACGGCAGGACUGCUUUUGGAGAAACAUAUUGCAUUGCAUAUCACUUGUCUGAGAAGGACGGCCACCGACAGAUGUAUGUGGCAAGUUUGCGGUACCAGGAUGUCUUGAAGAAGGAGACGGACAAUGUUUGGCGGUUCUCGGAGCGGAAGCUGUACCUCGAUUGGUCAGAGACGAGGCCGUCGAAUCCAUAG